AUGAGCACUCCGGCUCUCCAGUGGUGCUUCAUCUCCUCCGGCUCUGCCGAGGAUGGCCAGCCCCAGGUGAGACCAGCCCUGCAGCCCCCCGGCCCCUGCACCCACCUCCUGCAGAACGGCGCCGGGCGGGGGCCGGACCCGGGCGGUGCCAACGGGGACGCGGGGAACGGGCUCUUCCGGCCCCUCCCCAGCACGAAACCUCACCGAAAGCUGCAGCCGCACCACUCCAUCAACAGCCAGAGCAGCAAGAAGAGCAAGGGCAGCUCCAAGUCGGCCUCUUCCCACAUCCCUAUUGAGGCGCAAGAAGAUUGCUGCGUCCACUGCAUCCUCUCCUGCCUCUUCUGCGAGUUCCUGACCCUCUGCAACAUCGUUCUGGACUGUGCCACCUGCGGCUCCUGCACCUCCGAGGACUCCUGCAUCUGCUGCUGCUGCUGCAACUCGGGCGAGUGCGCGGACUGCGACCUGCCCUGCGACAUGGACUGCGGCAUCAUCGACGCCUGCUGCGAGUCUGCCGACUGCCUGGAGAUCUGCAUGGAGUGCUGCGGGCUCUGCUUCUCCUCCUGAGGGGCUGCUCGGUGGGGGGACCUGCGGUGGAACCCCCCCCAGGCCCUCCCGCAGCGGGUGAGGGUCCCUGAGCUGCUGGGAGACGCUGAAGGACAGAGCCUGGUGAAGGAGCAGAGCACGUCCCCCGCUGCAAACCUCAUCCCGGAGCUGGUGAGCCGGACCUGGAUCCUGCCUGGGGAAGGGUGACUCCGUAGGGCCACGGGGACUCCAGGGGUGGUGGCAUCCUGUCAUGCUCUACCUCCUCCCCACUCUGGGCCGGUUCGUGAAGCACCUCCUGCCACCUGAGCCGAGAGCAGGAGCACCCGUCCCGCAGAGCCCCCGGGUGCCACCCCAGGUCCUGGCCUUGGGGACAGCCUGUCCUGCUGCCACCACCCGGGGCUGCCCCAGGACAGUGCUCCAGGUGCACGGGGGGCUGACAUGGGGGUGGCACAGAGCAUCCCCUUCCCCCCAGGACACCUCCAGGGCUGGUGCUGCACAGAGCCCUGCUCCCCACCGGGACCCCCAGCACUGCUGGAGCCUCCAGCCAGGCUCGGGGUCCCGUGCUGGGGACACCUCCUACCAACCCCCCCUCGGUGCUGAAACUGGCAGCCAAGUACAAUACAGGCAGCCUGUCCCCUUCUGGGAAGAAGCUUUUCCUGCACCAGCCCCUGCAGUGGGAUUGAAGGUGGGGCUGGGGAGACCCUGGAGCUGUGCCAAGCUGUUCCUGACCCCCCUGUGUCCCGGGGCUGGUGGGGCAGGGUAUCUUGGUUGGUGCCCAAUGACCCCCACCAGUUGUUGGCCCCAUCCCACCGUCCUGGGGAGAGGGAUCUUGGCUGGGUGGGGGUGGCAGAUACCCCACUGAAGGGCUGGGGAGACAGGGAGGGAACUGUCACGGUAUUUUAUUUUUUUUGUCCUUUUUGUUUGUUACUGUAAAUAAAGGUCUUUCUUCAUUUCUGACCGAC